UAUAUUGUAAUGACAGCGCGAGAGACUCCACGCAUGGGCUCCAGGCGUGCAGUGACGGUCACUCAGUUGUGCAACGUUCAGCAGCAGCAGCAGCAUUAUUAAUACGGAAACCUGGACUGCUUACUUAGAAAGGGCUCUCCAGCAGAGGGCACAGUGACAUUUGAUGCAGCCCCUGCCUGUUCGGCCUGUCGACGCACCGUAUCUGCUGUGCGAGUAACACCUUUGAGAACCAUGAAAACUUUCCCUGAUCUCAUGCCUACUGAGCUGGACCCGACCCGUGUUUGCAAAGGAAAGGGUGCUGUUACUUUGAGAGCCACACUAGUGCAUAUCGAUGAUGAGGAAGACACAAGCCAAAAGCUGUCCAUGAACUCUGCCAAAAGUGUUUGGCUUGGUGCGGUCAAUGGAGAUGCCACAGAAGCGAGUCUGGCUAAGACAAGUGUAAACAACACCGGAGCUGAUUUAAAUUCAACACAAGUCAAUGAGACAUCAACAAAGGUGGACUCACCUGUAAAGUCUCAGCUCACAUCCUGCCUUGAUCCACUGAGUGCUAUUACCUCAUCAGCCAAAGUGUCCUCUUCUUUCCCCCCCACCAGCAGUGUGAAUCCAACAAUCGUCCUGCUGCAGCACAACAGAGAAGCUGUUGCGGACCAGGGCAGUGGCCCUAAUCAGAGCCCAGCCAUCAGCCAGAACAGAACUUCCCCUGAGACUUCAGCAGACAUGGAAAGCAAGACAACAAGACUGUCUGAACAUACAGCACCCAGAGUCCCAGUGCGCAACACAGAGAUAUCAAAGGACUGGUACAGAAACAUGUUUAAACAGAUACACAAAGUCCCAGAAACUGUCGAAGAAAAUCCAUAUCGUCCCACCUACAUAUUCCCUGAGAGCAAUGACAGGCCAGUGAGAACCAGAGAUGACAGUCCAUCAUAUGCUGGUGAAGAUGUGCGGACUGUACCUCGUUCAAAGAGUGCAGUAGACAUGGGGAGCUCAAGAGGACAGCUGCCUGUGCCCACACGCACAUCUUCCCUGAAACCCCAAAGGAAUGAGUGGGAGCCCCCUGACAAGAAAGUAGACACCAGGAAGUACCGCGCAGAGCCCAGGAGCAUAUUUGAGUACGAGCCAGGAAAGUCUUCUGUGCUGAGGCUGGAGAAACCGAGUGCCCCCUCUUUCACCCCCUUGGAAACAUCUUCUGACCUACAGCCAUACUCAUCCUGUAAAGCAGGUUACAGUGAAGCGGAGAAGGACAGCUUGUCUGCCGGUGGGCAGGCAGCUCCGGAAUGGGAUCAUCACAUUUACAAGAGUGUCCUGGAGGGUGGUGAUAUCCCUCUGCAGGGCCUGAGAGCACUUAACAAGCGCAACCCCAGCACAUCAUCAAAAGACUCGGAUUCUUCACACCCUUUAAGCCAAGGAGAUCAUGGAGAGAACUCGGAAGAGACAGCCCUUAAACGCUAUGGAGAUAAAGAGAAAAUUCUGGAAGAGCAGAGACGGCUGAAGCGCGAGCAGGAAGAGGCAGACACAGCCGCUCGCAGACAUGCUGGGCUUGUUGUGACUCAUCAACAGUUCAUCACUAACGACCGCUUCGGUGACCUGCUGGUUAUUAAUGAGAAAGAGAAGAGGAAAACCAUAGAGAGGACUCCUGCUCUGGCACGAUUUGACUUCAGAGCCGAAACUCUAAAGGAACUACCAUUUCAAAAGGGAGAUAUUGUAUACAUCUAUCGGCAGAUUGACCAGAACUGGUUUGAGGGAGAGCAUCAUGGGAGAGUUGGAAUUUUUCCACGCAGCUACGUUGAGCUCUUGCCCCCAACAGAGAAGGCUCAGCCCAAAAAGAGUGCUCCGGUCAAGGUAUUGGAAUAUGGAGAAGCUAUUGCUCGUUUCAAUUUCAAUGGUGACACUGCAGUAGAAAUGUCUUUCAGAAAGGGGGAGCGUAUUACACUUAUUCGUAGAGUAGAUGAAAACUGGUAUGAAGGCAAAAUUUCUGGCACUAACCGGCAAGGCAUCUUCCCGGUCACCUACAUAGAGGUGCACAAGAGACCCCGAGUUAAAAAUGGAAUUGACUACCCAGAUCCACCUAUCAGCCAGUCACCACAUCGGAGCACUAAUGCAUCUCCACAGCCAAGUCUCACCACCUCCCCCCUCCCUCUGCCCCGGUCUCCUCGCCGUUCUAUCUCCCCUGAAGUCCAUGCCAUCUCCAACGAGUGGAUUUCUCUCACUGUGGGCGGAGUCAGCAGCAGCCCUCCAGCUGCACCCACCCCACCACUUCCCCCUCUGCCAAGCACUCUAUACCGCUUGGGUGAAUACUUGCCCCCUUCUUUGUCUGCCAGCCCUGUGCCUCCCAUCAGCAGUAGCCCCUACUUUGUCUCCCCAAUGGCAACUCCAUCCAGCUCUCCUUUACCCCCACCCUAUCCACCCCGCCCCAGCUCGGCCACCCCAUUCCUCACCUUCACUCCACCUCAAGGGGAGGACUUCUUCCUUUCCCCACCUUCUCCUCGCCUCUCCCGCAGCCUGAGUCCCUGUGGGGGUGCUGGGCUUGAGGGUUGGCUUACUGGGGGCAUCAGGCUGGAUCAGGAGUUACAGGAAGGGGAUGGGGCAGAAAUAGACAGGGCUGGCAGCCUCCGCAAGGCUCCUUACAGCAGGGGCAAUAGCCCAGCAGAGCUAUUGAAGAAUGAUGAAGAAUAUUACAGGCGAUCUUCAAGAAGUCCUGUCAUGCUGUUUGACAUCCAAGACAACAACAUGAACGCCAAUUCAUUUACGGAGGCAGUAUGUAAUGAGAUCAUGAAUAUUGCAGAGACCUCAGUGAGGUACUGCAGCACUUUGUCACACCCUGUAGACUCUGCCCACAGACUCCUGCCUCCUUCCAGUAAACACUCUCUCAUCAUUUCCCAGCAACCCCUGUCGCAGAGCAGCAGCCCAGAGCCUGGACGCAUGAGCUGUGGGAUAUUUCAGGCUCUGUACAAUUAUGUGCCUCAGAAUAAUGAUGAGUUGGAACUACAGGAAGGAGACAUGGUCAGCGUCAUGGAGAAAUGUGAUGAUGGCUGGUUUGUGGGUACAUCGAAGAGGACAAAACAGUUUGGCACUUUUCCAGGAAAUUAUGUGAAAGCUGUUAAUUUGUGACAUGACAUAAUUUAACAAAUCAUGGUUUGUAUAAAGAGAUUAUAGCACUAUACUUAAGCAGCCUGACCUGUUUGGGACACUCUACCUGUUGACAUCAAAUGAAGACUUCUCCUUCCCUUCUUGAAUCUUGAAACUGUAUCUUGCCCAAAUGAAUGUCACAGGUAUGUGAUCAGUGAGGUUUGCGGCAUGUCGACAAAGAACAUACAGUGUCAAAAUAGCAUUUAAAAAAAAAAAAAAUUAAUCAUUGAAUGAUUGUUUCUUGAACCUGCUCGGAUUCAGUUUAAAGCCAUUAAUGUAAAAUAUCCGACUUGAAGAAAAAAGGGUUUUAGUAAGUUUACAGCUGCAAAUUGUACUGAAGUCCAGUGCAUAACUUUACCUUCACAUACCUGACAUUACAAACAUUACUAAAAAUGUAUUACAUUUUAAAAUUUAUAUUUGCUAUAAAUGUGAUGACAGUGUAUUGAACGCACCCGAAGGUGUCCAUAUUAAGUGUUACAGUGAUGGGUUCUGGAAUCUGUGAAGGGAUCAUAGAAAGAGUUUUAAGUGUUUAUAUUAAAUGUUUCACUCCCUUUGCUUUUGAAAUGCAGAUUUAUGGCACAUUCUUUUAAAGAGCGUGAUUUUAAUUUAUAUUCCGAUGUGGCCUCAAAAUUCUCUCAAAGCAUUGGAAGAGACAACAACGUUAGCUUAACUUCUGCAAAGUAUUUUCAAAUCCAAGCAAAGCCAAUUGUUGACAUCAAAAAUAUGUAAUAUCUCUCAGUGUUUGUAUUGUUAAAAAGGAUAUUAGACUCUUAGCUCAUAUGAUGUUCAACAGCAACUUGCAUUGCAGACUUGUAGAGGUGUCAAAGGAAAGUUUUGAUGCAGCAUGCUUUCAGCUUCUCAGCACUUACUGUACUCUCACAUUUUAAGGUUCAUAAGAUUACAGGAAUGCAGUGACCAACUCUAAAAACUCCAGUUAUAAAUACAAGUUAGUAAUUAAUAACAAAAAAAGAGACAAGCUUUGUUUUAGCUCUAUUAUUGUAGUGAGGUGAAGGGCUUAAACGAAACCCCUACUAAACAAAACCAAACUCAUAUUUAGACAAUUCUGGUCUUUGAAUUCAAAAACGCUUUGCCUCAAAACAUCCUAUUUAUUUGCCUGAAUAGUGUAUAUUUUUCUAUUUCAAUCAUCCAUUUUUGGUUUGGUUGUUCUGAAGAGUGUAUUAUGAGUCUGACGAGCAGUGUUCUUACCUUAUUUAAAACAAGGCUCGAUCUUAAUCCAGGUACCCAAUGAUAUUGACAUUUACAUAGUGUUAUAACUGCAGUAAUGUCAGAAUAUGGAAUCGAUGAUGCAUAUAAGAUUACUGUAUCUCAUUUUUAAAGUGCCAUUCAUAGUAGAGGAUGCUAUAUCUGGACCGCUGUGUUCUGUUUCAUUCAAACUCUGAUGUGGAAUAGUUUCCAUUGAUGCGAUUUUAGUCUUCCUUAUCUGAAUGUAUUUAACUUCUACUUUGGUUGUAGAUUUGCUUUUGCUUCCGUUUAAGAAGUAGAAUUACUAAUCCUAAAACAUAUCAUAUUUGGGUUUCCUCCCUAUGAUACUCUUGAGACUUUUGACAAUUGAAUCUCUUUGAAUCUCCCCUUUAGUUUUAUACGGUCCAUUCCAUAUAAUGCCAGAUAAUGUGCUGCUAGAGAGUAUGAGGGUUGUCUAACUGACUGCGACUCUUACACUUGCAAAAAGCCUUCCGUCCAAUUCAGAAACAGACAUGGAAAAUCUCAUGUGAGCAGACACAUGUAUUUAGUAUCUAGAUUUUUCCUUUUUUUAAACAGUGGUUGUUGCUAAACAUUUGUCAAGAAAUAAUCACAUAGAAGAUCGACAAGAAAUUAAAACAUGAUCUCUAUUGAAUAUGAACUUGAAAAUAUGUGUUUUGGCCUCUUAUAAUAUAGCGUAGCAUACUUGAAUGUAGUUUUCUGAGAUACCUGAAACUUGGACAUGAACAAAGUUUAAAUUCAAAGUUUUCCUAUUCUAUCAGAUUUGUAAAUAUGUAAAGUACAAAUGAAUGUAAGUGAUUGAAGUUACAGCAACCUCUAUAAAUAUUACAGUUUAUAUUAUAUGAAUAAUAUUAGGAAAGCACAGAGAUUUGUUUAACACAGGCAGUCUUGUAUGACUGAACCAGUGAUUCUGACACUGUGUUGGGAUUUAAAUCCCUUUCUGUCUCAUGGCUUCAUUGAAAUGUGCCUCAUUUUAUGUUUUGCCUUGAAGUAAACAUAGGUUACAUUUAAGGAUAUUAUUACUAUUUUGAUCCAAGUGUUUCACAGGAGACAAUAACCAAGUUCUUUUCUCCAAUCACCUGAGUUAUUCAAGAGUGUGAGUUGACACCCAAGAUGCGUAAUGUAUAAUUAUUACUUUGUGAUCUGUGUGCAGAGGUGGAUUUUGGAAUAUUUUUGUUUGUUUAUGUUUAUUUGCAGUGCUGUUACAAUUAAAACUAUUUUAAAACACUAUUUACUGCUGUGAGUUCCUCAUUAUGCAAUAUUUAAUAAACAACUACAGCUUU